AUGGAGAGCAAUGCUGGUGGAGUUAAGUCUAAGUUUUUAUGUAGUUCACUUGUCAUGUCUGAUGUCCUUACUGUGUCCACUAUAUCAGCCAAAACAGUGUCCACUGUAUCAAUAAAUCAUCACUGUGUUGAAUAUUUUAUUCAGUCAUCACUAUCUCCAAUUUAUCAGUCAUCACUGUUGUCACUAUAUCAGUCAUUAGUGUGUCCAAUUGUCAUCUUAGAAAAACCUUACAAAUGUGGCACAUGUGGUAAAUGUUUCACAGAAUCUAACAGUUUACUGAUACAUCAUAGAGUUCAUACAGGAGAAAAGCCUUUCAAGUGUGUCAAAUGCAAUAAAUAUUUUACAGUAUCAUCACGCUUAAAGAAACACUUUAAAAUCCAUACUGAAAUAAAACCUUACAAGUGUGAUACAUGUGGUAAAUGUUUUACAGCAUUUUGGGAUUUAACGAAACAUGUUACAAUUCACACAGAAGAAAAGCCUUACAAUUGUGACAGAUGUGGUAAAUGGUUUAAGGAUCGCGACUACCUAAAGAAGCACGUUAAAAUACAUUCAGAUGAUAAGCCUUACAAAUGUGACAACUGUGAUAAAAUGUUUUCACAGAUUACUCACUUAAAGGACACCUUAAAAAUCAAAACUAUGCAAAGUCUUCCAAGUAAACACUGUGGAAUCUAUAAAUGUGAAAAGCCUUUCAAGUGUGAUAAAUGUGGUAAAUGUUUCAAACAAACAAAAACUUUACAGAAACACCAAGCAAUCCAUACUGGUGAAAAGCCUUUCAUGUGUGAAAAAUGUGGUAAAUGUUUUGUGAGCCUGACCUAUUUAAAGAACCACUGUAAAAUUCAUUCAGGAGAUAAACCUUACAUAUGUGACAAGUGUGGUAAAUGUUUUGCAUUUUUGUCCAUUUUAAAGGCACACAGUAGAAUUCGUACAGGAGAAAAGCCUUACAAGUGUGUCACUUGUGGGAAAUGUUUCACAUCUUUCUCUGGUUUAAACAACCACAAUGUAAUUCACACAGGAGAAAAGCCUUACAAGUGUAACACUUGUGAUAAAUGUUUCACAUCUAAUUCUGAUUUAAAGAACCACAAUGUAAUUCACACAGGAGAAAAGCUUUACAAGUGUAUCACUUGUGGAAAAUGUUUUACACAGCUUGCAAGUUUAAAGAAGCAUCAUAUAAUUCAUACAGGAGAAAAGCCUUACAAGUGUGACACAUGUGGUAAAUGCUUCACACAAUUCUCAAAUUUAAAGAGGCACCAUAGAUAUCAUACUGGAGAAAAACCUUUCAAAUGUGGCACAUGUGGAAAAUGUUUCACACAGCUUGCAAGUUUAAAGAAGCAUCAUAUAAUUCAUACAGGAGAAAAGCCUUACAAGUGUGUCACUUGUGGUAAAUGUUUCAGACAUAUCUCAGGUUUAAGGAACCACCAUAAAAUUCACACAGGAAAAAAUAUUAAUAAGUGUGACGAAUGUGGUAAAUGUUUCUUAGAAGUUUCCACUUUACUGAAACACCAUAAUUCUCAUAAACAAGAAAAGCCAUACAGGUGUGACAUAUGUGGUUCUCGUUUUGGACGACGGCGCACUUUAAGAAAUCACAUCAGAACUCAUACAGGAGAAAAACCUUACAAGUGUGACAAUUGUGGUAGAUGUUUCUCUCGGGCUUACAGUUUACAGAGACACCAUAAAACUCAUACUAGUGAAAAACCUUACAAGUGUGACAAUUGUGGCAAAUUGUUUAGGGAACUUAGCCAUGUCACAAGACACCUUAGAAUUCAUACAGAAGAAAAACAAGUGUGGUUAAAUCCAUCUCUCACCAUGAGGACAAUGGUUAUCAAUUGUCUAACUAUUGAUUUAAAUCCCAGUGAAAACUGCAACAGAUCCCGCCCAGUAGGACAUUACUCCCAUAUCCAUAUACACCCGAAAUCUUGCAGCAUUGCAUGA